GUUGAAUGACCGCCACGCACGCAGUGACGAUGGUAUCAUGAAACGAAUAAGAGAGGUGACAUGCUGAAAAAAAGAAGAUUAUAAACAGAGCGUUCACCGUCAACUUCCUUUCUGCGUUUAAGCAUAUCCUCCAUGGGAGCAGGACUACCGCUAUGGCUCAAAUUUUUGGAUGAAACGUCCAAAGUCGUGACUGCGUUGACUGCAGCAGCCCUUCUCUAUACCCGCUCUGCAGGUGUCGCAUAUUUCGUGACCGGCGCAAUAUUAUGUUCAAAACUUGCUAAGGUCAUUAAGAAGGCAAUACGACAGGAGCGCCCAUCGCAUUGCUCCGCGCACAAAGUGACCUAUGGGAUGCCCAGCUCACAUGCAUCCACGUGCACCUUCUUCGCUGUAUAUAUUACCUUUGCUUGCCUUGAGCUACCUAUCCAUCCUACAUUCCCUCGUUUCGCUACGUUCGCUCCAGUGGUUGUCUUACCUUGGACAUGGAUGAUAGCUAUGUCAAGGGUCCGGCUGGGUCAUCACACAUGGCCGCAAAUCGCGGCAGGAACCUUACUUGGAACUUGCUGUGCUAGCUUUUGGUUCAAACUAUGGGUGGAAGAUGUGGCUGGCGUCAAGACAACUGCAUCAUCAGUAAAUGUCAAGUUCACUCUUCUCUCGCUUAUCUCACUUUUUUGGGUAAAUUAAUGGAAGGAGUGUGUCCCUUUAUCAAACACGUUGGUGCUACUGACAUUUCGAGCUGUACUCGUUUCUCAUUUUUUCGUACUCUUCGAACACUUUUAUUAUCGCAAGUAAGGACUUACAUAUCUCAAAAGCAUGAACAUUCCAACUCUAAAUUCUAAUUUGCACCC